AUGCCCACCCCACCCCUCUUCCCCCGCCUCCUCGCCGCCGACAUCGACGGCCGCUGCCAAAGCAUCCGCUACCGCCAGCUCCAAUUCCACCAAUUCCAAACCGCCGUGCUGCAAAACAUCGCAGCGAUCAAAGAUGCCAUCGCCACGGACUCGGAACACUCCGCCGAGGAAGUGCGUGCGGAGAUCUGCCUCGCCAUGAAGGAGAUCCGCACGCAUUAUGCCUCGCUGGACCUGGAGACGGAUCUGCAGGAGGAGUAUCGCGUCGCGAACGGGAAGAAUAAUCCGACGGGGAGAAAGGGCGUGGGCAUUGUGUAUGUGGUGCCUGGGUCGCAUACGCUGUUUUUUGAUCUGGUGGCUGCGUGGGCUGCGGCUGUUGCGGGGGGGAAUUGUGUUGUUUUUGAGUUGCCCAAGAAUACCAUGUCGUUGCCGGGAAUACUGAGGAAGAUUCUCCCCCCGGCCUUAGACGCAGAUACAUUCGCGAUCAGCGAGGAGAGACCCGACGCGGGGUUCCUGAGCAACAACACGCUCGUCAUCCUCCAGGGUCAUUCCGCCCCGAUAUCCGACCGCGGUCUGCUCUCCUCGACCACCGCAAGAACAGUAGCUGUCGUCGACCGCACGGCCGAUAUCCCCGCCGCCGCUGAGGCGCUGGUAUCUGCGCGCUUCGCCUUCGCGGGUCGAGCCACCUACUCCCCUGACCUGGUGCUGGUGCAGGAAUUUAUCAUGAAGGAGUUCACCGAGGCGGUCAUCCAACGAUCAUCGAGGUAUCUGGGCGGCCAGAACGGGGAGGCCCGGCAGACGACAGUCAACCCCCGACGAGCCAGUCCGGGGGCCUCGUUGCUGGACGCGGCGUACAAGGAUGCAAGUGCACGGGUUGUUGUCUCGGGGUCGGAAUGGGGUGUGGUUGAGGUGCUUGGUCGCAAAUCCCCCCUGCUGCGCAGGAAGAUAUCCGAGAAAGUCCUCAUCAUCCACCCCGUCAGUAGUCUGGACGAUGCUAUUGAUUUUAGUAACUCAAUGGCCCCCUUCGCAGCAACAUACGCCUUCGCCGCCCCCUCAUCAGCCAAAUACCUGACGCAGUUCAUCGACGCGCAUAUCUCGUGGGUGAACCACUUUCCUACCGACAUCCUAAUCGGCCCCACCUACCCACCGUCCCACCCACCCCCGGGCAAGACACGCUACUCCACCUCCUGGCUUCAGGUCCCCCGUCCGCAGUUUGUGUCGGAGAGUGAGAAUGCGGGUUUUGUGAGGGGGGUGCUUGAUACUGCAGGGGGGAGUGGUGGGAAUGAGAAGGCGUGGGAAGAGGCAUUGACGCCGCUGCCGGCGAUCGGGCGGCCGGGUGGGAAGACGAUCGGGUUCUUUGAGCAGGGGAUGAUCACGGGGGGAGUGGUUUUGUUGGUCUCAGUCGUUGGGACAGUGGUGGUGGUGGGGGGUUAUGGGAUUAAUGUUGUUAGGGGGUUGGGGUAG